UCACUCGCUUCAGGCUACUAUUAAAUACAACUCAUUCACACAUGCAACCAUGGAUGUUUCUAUCUUUGGGCAUAUUGUGACAUAUUUUCCUUGUAGCCGGACCUUGAAGCUGUUCGGGCAGAGAUAACCGAAGGAUGUGGCUGCUGUCGGUGCUGGUGCCUCUUCUCAAGCUGCAUUUCUGCGGAAUCAAAGUUCUUCUCUAUCAGACCUUCAACAGAUCUUUUACGCUCCCAGUCUUGCCCAAGCAGAAUGGAAGAGUUGCCAUUGUGACUGGGGGUACCAGAGGAAUUGGCUUUGAGACAGCGAAACAUCUGGCAAGGCUUGGCAUGCAUGUUGUCAUAGCUGGAAACGAGAGAGAAGAAGGCGCCGCGGCCGUCCGGAGGAUUCAGGAAGAAGACUGCGAGGGAAAAGUUGAGUUUGCCUUCUUGGACCUGACUUCUCUGAAAUCAGUGCGACAGUUUGCUCAGGCUUUCCAAAACCGAGGGCUCCCCCUCCACGUCCUGGUUAACAAUGCUGGAACCAUGAUGCUUCCUGAGAGACAGACGCAGGACGGCUUUGAGUUCCACUUUGCCCUCAACUACCUGGGCCACUUCCUGUUGACCAACCUGCUGCUGGACACACUGAAGAGGUCAGGACGGCAGGGCCACUGCUCCAGGGUGGUCAACAUGUCCUCGGCUACGCACUACGCAGGAGUGGUGCACAUGGACGACUUAAACAGGAGGAACAGCUACAGUUCCCUCGGUGCCUACGCCCAGAGCAAACUGGCCCUGGUCCUCUUCACCUACUACCUGCAGGAGCAGCUGAGGGCCGGCGGCUUCCCGGUGACCCUCAGCGCCGUGGACCCCGGCAUGGUGAACACACCGCUCUACGACAACCUAUGGAGCAUCGCGCAGGCCCUGAAGAAACCGGUGGCCAAGAUCCUGUUCAGGACUCCAGUUCAGGGAGCGUCCAUAUCUGUCUAUGCUGCAGCUGCCGCUGAGAUGGAGGGGGUGGGGGGCUGUUACUUGUACAACGGCCACAGGACGCAGUCCUCGGAUACUUCCUACAACUCUGAGCUCCAAGCCGAGCUGUGGAAGAAGAGCUGUGAGCUGGUGGGCCUCGAGGAGGCCUGACACCUCACCACCG